GCACGCGCAUGCGCGGGGCAGGCGCCCAGGCAGGCAGCAUGGCUGCCCUGCGCUGGGGCCGCGGCGCGGCGGAGCUGAGCAGGGCGCUGCGGUCCUCGGGCCGCCCCUGCGCCAUGGCCAAAGAAGGGAUCCUCGGUGGCCUCUGGGGCCCCAGGAUGAACUCGUCCGCCAGCCCCUGUGAACAAGAGCGCCAGAAGGACUGGGGCCGUGUAGAACUGCUGGAGGUGCUGGAGGCCCGGGUGCGGCAGCUGCAGGCGGAGAGUGUAUCCGAAGUGACAGUGAAGAGGGUGGAGGUAGCUCGAGUCCCAGCUGACAGUGGCAGGGCUGGUGGCACCCCGCCACCUGUGAAGUCCCAGCUAAAGAUCAGCAGGGGCUGGGCAAAGAGGCUGGACCAGGACCAGCAGGUGCUACAGAAGCGGCAGAAGUUACUGCAGGAGAAGCUGCAGGUGCACGGUCAGUUCCCGAUCCCCAAGUUCAAGCCUAAGGUCAAGGCUAAGUCCAAGGGCAAAGCCAAGCCCAUGGCCACAGACAAGCCCCCCACCAAAACUGUGGCCACGGCUACAGCCAAGUCUGCGGCCACAGCCACAGCUACAUCCAUGACCAUGGCUUCACCCAUGGCCACGGCCAAGCCUACGACCAGGUCAACAGCUGCACCCAAGGCCAACCCCAAGCCCACGGCUGCACCCAAGGCCAACCCCAAGCCCACGUCCACGUCCACGGCUGCACCCAAGGCCAACCCCAAGCCCACGGCCACGUCUACGGCUGCAUCCAAGGCCAACCCCAAGCCCACGGCCACGUCCACGGCUGCACCCAAGGCCAACCCCAAGCCCACGUCUCCGGCUGCACCCAAGGCCAACCCCAAGCCCACGGCCACGUCUAUGGCUGCAUCCAAGGCCAACCCCAAGCCCACGGCCACGUCUACGGCUGCACCCAAGCCCAACCCGGAAGCCACAUCUGUGGCUGCAUCCAAGGCCCAGGCCAAGCCCUCAGCCACAUCCACAGCCACACCCAAGGCCAAGCAUGUGGCCAUGGCCAAGCCGCCACUUGCUGAGCCCCAGCUGGUGAGCAAGCAGCAGGCCAGCAAGAAACACAGGAGGAAAGGGCCUGCACCGGAGCUCGUGCAGGGCACCUGGGAGGAGUGGGUGCCCUCGCAGCCGUGGGCAGCCUCCCUGAAGCCGAGCAGCAGCAGCGCUCAGGCCCUGCCGAAACUGACCCUGGAGCAGCAGGCACAGCAACAAAGGCUUCAGGUCUUCCUCGAAUGCUGCCUGGCCAGUGGGCAGGUGGCCCUCGCCCACCACAUGCUGGUCAGCCACCUCGCCGAGCUGCACAAGCAGUACUUGCUCACCCAGGCCAUGUACAAUACCGUCAUGCUUGGCUGGGCUCGACAGGGCUCCUACCAAGAGCUAGUGUCUGUGCUGACCAUGAUGAAAUACAGCGGCUUCACCCCAGACCUGCUGUCCUAUGCCUCCAUCCUGCAGUGCAUGGGGCGGGUAGACCAGGAUGUCACCACCAUCCAAAGGUGUCUGGAGCAGAUGGCCCAGGAUGGCCUGCAGCUGGAGCAGCUGUUCUUGGAGGAGACCCUGUCCAGUGAGGAGAGGGCUGCCCUGCUGCGGGCUGUGCUCAAGGCCAAGCCCGACUUCUGCCCACCACAGCCCUCACCGCAGGUCAACACUUCCGCGCUGCUCAGGGAAAUCUAUGCCAAGGACGGCCCUGUGUCCUACCCAAAGCUGCACCUCCCGCUGGAGACGCUGCAGGCCAUGUUCCAGGAGCAGCUGAAGGUAGAGCUGGCCGGCAAGGUUCAAGUGGAAUCCGUGGAGAAGGUCUUGUCACCGACCCAGGAGACCCUUGCGGCGCGGAAGACCCUGGAGACCCUGCGGAGGACGUGGGAGGCUGAGCUGCACAACCAGCUGCAGGCAACCAAGGCCAACCUGGCUCAGGUGACGUGCCAGGGGCGGCUCACGCUCUACCCCUUCCUGUGCGUGCUGCCUGAGGACCAGCUGGUGGAGAUGCUCAUACAGCUCCUGUUCGCGCUGCCUGCCCAGGGUGAGCCGUUCGUGCAUGUGGUGCACCGGCUGGCCAUGCAGACUUUCCAGCGGCACAUUGUGCAGCAGAGACAGCGCCGAGGCCAGCUGCAGGCGCUGGAGCAGCGGUAUACGCAGUACCUGCAGCUGCUUGCCUGUGACACCCAGGUGGCCGAUCCCUGCCUGCCGCGGCAGUACUGGGAGACGCUGGGGCUGCCUGAGCCCCCGCCGCCACAGCUCUGGCCCAUGAUGGAGCUCCUGCCGCUGGGCAAGCUGCUGUUGGAGAUCCUGGUGCAGUCAGUGCAGCUGCCACCCAGCCUGGCCCCACCCCAGAGCUCCUCCCACCCGGUCCCAGUGCUAUAUCAUGUGUACACCUUCCGUGGCAUUCGCCAGAUUGGCCUCCUGAGGCCGCAUCCGGCCUUCAUCCAGCUGCUGGAGGAUGCUGCAGAACCCAUGCUGAUCUUUGAGGCGGCCGACAUGCCCAUGCUGUGCCCCCCAUUGCCCUGGACCUCGUCUCAGGCUGGAGGCUUCCUGCUGAGCCCCACCAAGCUGAUGCGCUCCGUGGAGGGCACGCUGCAGCACCAGCACCUGCUGGAGAGCUGCACGCCCGCUGCGCUGCACGGAGCCCUGGACACCGUCACGCAGCUGGGCAACUGUGCCUGGCGUGUCAAUGGGCGCGUGCUGGACCUGGUGCUGGAGGUCUUCCACAACAAGGGCUGCGCCCGCCUGGGCGUCCCACCACCCACCUCUGAGGCGCCACGCCCGCCCCUGGACCACCUGCUGCGCAAUGCCCCGCCGGACCGCAAGGCCCAGCUGCGGCAGGAGGUGGCCCGCUGUCUGAAGGUUGCCCGUGAGAUGCACGGGCUGCGGCAGGAGGCUCUGUACCGCCUGUCGCUGGCCCAGCACCUGCGGCACCGAGUCUUCUGGCUGCCGCACAACAUGGACUUCCGUGGCCGCACUUACCCCUGCCCACCCCACUUCAACCACCUGGGGAGCGACCUGGCACGUGCCCUGCUGGAGUUCGCCCAGGGCCGCCCACUCGGCCCCCACGGCCUCAGCUGGCUCAAGAUCCACCUGGUCAACCUCACUGGGCUCAAGAAGCGCGAGCCACUGCACGCCCGCCUGGCCUUUGCCAACACCAUGAUGGAUGACAUCCUGGACUCAGCUGACCGGCCCAUGACGGGCCGGAAGUGGUGGAUGGAGGCUGAGGACCCCUGGCAGACUCUGGCCUGCUGCAUGGAGGUGGCCCGGGCUGUGCGGUCCCCAGACCCCACGGCCUAUGUCUCCCACCUGCCCGUUCACCAGGAUGGCUCCUGCAAUGGCCUGCAGCAUUACGCCGCCUUGGGCCGUGACAGCGUGGGUGCUGCCUCUGUCAACUUGAUGCCCGCAGAUGAGCCGCAGGAUGUGUACAGUGGGGUGGCCGCACAGGUGGAGGUGUUCCGUACUCAGGACGCACAGCAGGGCCUGAAGGUGGCCCAGGUGCUGGAGGGCUUCAUCAGCCGAAAGGUAGUGAAGCAGACGGUCAUGACCGUGGUCUAUGGUGUCACCAUUUACGGCGGGCGCCUGCAGAUUGAGAAGCGCCUCCGUGAGAUCAGAGACUUCCCGCAGGUCUUCGUGUGGGAGGCCUCCCAGUACCUUGUGCACCUGGUCUUCAAGAGCCUCCAGGAGAUGUUCGCAGGCACCCGGACCAUCCAGCACUGGCUGACCCAGAGUGCCCGGCUAAUCGCCCAAGCCGGCUCGGCCGUGGAGUGGGUGACACCCCUGGGCGUCCCCAUUGUUCAGCCCUAUCAUCAGGAGUCCAAGCUGGUGAUCAGAGGCGGCCUCCAGAGCAUCACCUGGAACAGCUCCGUGGAUGCCAGCCAGAAGCCCAAUUUGUUAAGGCAGAAGAACGGUUUCCCGCCCAACUUUAUCCACUCGCUGGACUCCUGCCACAUGAUGCUCACAGCCCUGCACUGCUACAGGAAGGGCUUGACCUUCGUGUCUGUCCACGACUGCUUCUGGACACACGCGUGCGACAUCCCCGUCAUGAACGAGGUGUGCCGCGAGCAGUUCGUGAGGCUGCACAGCCAGCCCAUCCUGGAGGACCUGUCUGCCUUCCUGGUGCGGCGCUUCUGCUCGGCAGACAGCCCUCACCCUGGGACAGACGCCGCGCAGACUGCCAAGCUGCUGGAGACGCUGCGGUCCGUGCCGCGGAAAGGGGACUUCGACCUGGAGCAGGUGAAGGGCUCCACCUACUUCUUCAGCUGACGCAGGCCCUGCCCGCUGUCCCAGGGCGCCCCAUGAACAGUGUAAAUAAAGUCUGUCACCACCCACGGA